AUGUCGUGGAAGAAGACUGAUAUACUGAUGGACACCAUCAGGCAUUACUCGGGCUUUCCAGCAACUGGCGUGAGCUUGCGCCAGAUGGUCCAAUUCGGGGAGAGGCCCUCGACAGGAACUCUAUUUCGCGCGUCCCAGUUCCUCUCCGAAGAACUUCCAAUACGGCUUGCACACCGAGUACAAGAGCUUGGAGAUCUGCCAGAUGGAUUGAACGAGAUGCCUUCGAUCAAGAAAGUCCAGGAUUGGUACGCCCAGUCGUUUGAGGAGAUCACCACCCUUCCACGGCCACAACUCUCGAAGGACGUACGGGAUCGACUCAUGAAGCCCGCAAAACAGACCGGCAGACAGUCAAAAAUCCUCGCGGAAGCUACAAAGAACCCCAGCGUUGCGAAUGGGCAGUAUACAUCCUCACCCUGGCAGAAUGGUAAUGGUAAUGGAAGCCACGAAAAGAAGGGCUCCGCACGACGAUACUUUGCAACUGUAGAAGACACAGAGGAUUGGCCCCCAGAGCUCCACGACUACAACCAACGAUUUGCCCAAACAUUAAACCAUAUCAAGCGAAGGCAUGACAGCGUUGUAACGACAGUGGCACAAGGUAUUCUGGAAUACAAGCGCAAGCGGCAACGCAUGCAGAUCGAUAACAAUAUACAAUCCUUCCUUGAUCGAUUUUACAUGUCACGAAUUGGAAUUCGAAUGCUUAUUGGGCAACACAUUGCUCUGACGGACCAGAGCCACCAUAAAGACCCAACAUAUGUGGGGAUCAUCUGCACGAAGACGAACGUCCGAGAUCUAGCCCAAGAAGCCAUUGAAAACGCCCGAUUUGUAUGCGAGGACCAUUAUGGCUUAUUCGACGCACCAAAAGUCCAAUUGGUCUGCCCCCCGAACCUGAAUUUCAUGUACGUCCCAGGACAUUUGUCGCACAUGUUGUUCGAGACGUUGAAGAACUCUCUACGAGCGGUGGUAGAAACACAUGGACAAGACAAGGAGGAUUUUCCCGUGACCAAAGUCGUUGUAGCUGAGGGGAAGGAAGACAUUACCAUCAAGAUCUCCGACGAAGGCGGUGGAAUUCCUCGAAGUGCAAUACCUCUUGUAUGGACAUACAUGUACACGACCGUCGAUACGACGCCCAGCCUGGAUCCCGAUUUCGAUAAGAGCGAUUUCAAAGCUCCAAUGGCUGGAUUUGGAUACGGUUUACCCAUAUCAAGGUUAUACGCAAGGUAUUUUGGAGGAGAUCUGAAGCUGAUUAGUAUGGAGGGAUACGGCACAGACGUCUACCUCCACCUCAACCGCCUCUCCAGCUCCUCGGAGCCUUUGCAAUAA